CGAUGUCUGUGAUCUUUGGACCCUCAGGGGCCCACAGCCUUAAAAAGAGGACUGAUUAUUUUCUGGACAUCACUGCAUGAGCUCAGUAUUUCCACAAAUCACCGACAAUGACUGCCCCUGCUGGUUAAAGCUCUAUCAGGCAGAAAAGAAGCCACUCUAUCAGCACGGCUUUAAAGGGGAAGCGUUCAGAUGCUGAACCGACCCAGCUGCAGUCCAGACUUCUCACUAACUGUAAAACCUUUGUUGCAUCAUGAAACAAAACAAAUCCAACAAAGACCCAGAACUGGAGGUAGAACCCUGCACCAGACAAGAGACGAUGUUCUCCACCAGCUCCAACAACUGGUCUCCUCAUAUCCUAGAUGUGCUAAAAAAAGAAGGGAUGCUUCCAAGGGGGUAAAAUGACCAUGUUCAUACUUUUUUGCAUGUUUAAUGCCAUAAAAUUCAAUUUUUUUCUUUUUUAUUUAAUCAAAUAGUUGCACAGUUUCUUAGUUUAAACAUUUAAAAUGUUUUCCAUGUUCUGUUGUGAAUAAAAUAUGAAUUUUAGACAUUUAGCAAAUCACUCUUAUAGGUUUAUUUACAAUGCAUGUCCCCACUUUUUGAGAUUAGAUUUGUGAUAUAGUGUUUAGAUUGUUUAUUGUAACUGGAUAUCUGUCACAGUUUAACCAGACAGGUCCAGUUGUACGUUAUAUAUUUAAAUGCACACAUGCAUUUCAUUACGUCUACUGUGUGGAAACACUUAAAAUGCUUUUUGAAGGUUCAACUAAAAGCUACAAAGAUUCGUGACGGAUAUAAUUUUUUACUUUUAGUCACAUGAUCAAAAUCACUGAUAAUGAUGGGAUGAAUUUUAAUGGACAAAACAUACAAAUAAUUACUACGAGAAUGUCACAUAAUUAUUUUACCAUUUCUGCGUUUUAUAAUAAAUAAUCCAUCAGCUUCAGCUGCUGGGUUUGUGAAACUUUAAAGUCUAAAACCUAAAAUUAGUGGAGCUAUUUCAGAAAACCUUCGUGAUCAGGAUGUUUUGUUGUGUUGCUGUUCUUUAAGAAGUCCUGACUGAACACGGGAGGAGACGGGUCCUGGGAGCCUCUCAGCAGCCUCAGAGCUCAGAUCAAUAGGUGGAAGAGAUGCUGUCAUCACUCUUAAGUCCUAGAUGGUAAGAUGUCCAGCCGGUUAACGGGAGCUUUGGAGCCAUGAUUGGGAUUUGGGUUCCUCAGGGGACCCAGACCGGACGUGACCACAUGGUGAGUGUAGAUGGUUCUGGUUUUAUGAUGAUUCUGUGUCUGGUUCAGUUCAGGAAAAAGAGGUAUGGUUUUAUUUGUAUAAAUUGUUUUUGCUUUAGGUGAAAAAGCAAAAUCUUUUAAAAAUGCAUUUCUGUCCACCAAGCAGUUAAAAAAAUAAAAUAAAUAAAAAUACAUUUUAAGCUAAUGUAAGCUGCAUGCCAUGCUACUAAUAUAUUUUUAUUAGUUUUAGAAAAUGUGAAAAAUAUAGCAUAAACAGCAGAAAAACAUUUACCGGUAGUACAUUUUUUAUUCGUGCUGCAGUACCUUCGUUUUGACAGCAGAUGGCGCAAGGGGAUAACAUAAUUUACCCUAACGCUGUAAAUCUGCUAAUUUACAAACAAAACGUAUAAAGUCUAGUUUUAAAACUCAUGCUUGUUUAAAUUAAUAACUUUUAGUUUAAUAUAUCAGAGCUCACGAUGGUUUAUGUUUCAAAUGCGACAUUGUGUAAUUUAAUGUGUGUUUAAAUAUGUAUAUGUAGUAAACAUGAUCAUAGUAACAUGUUUAAAAAAAACCUUCCGCAUAUUUUUAUGGGAUAAAAAAAAGUAAAAGUGUGGUUUAAGUGGGAGGGUUCAGGUUGGCGCAGUGAUGCUCGCAGGUCUUGUUAUGACUGCGAGGUCCUGUUUCAUUCAGUGGCGUCAGACGGACGGAACCGAGCCGACCCGCUUCACCUCCUCUCCUGAACCACGUAAAUAUUGAUCGCGGACGACUUUUUUUUUUCCGUGCUUCGAAAGUGCUUUGUUGGACUUUUGGAGGAGUUGGAGAGGAGGGGAAGAAAGAAGAAAAAUCCCUCUUCGUGUCACUUUGACGAACCACAGAUUUGUUUUCCUUCCUUGAGUUUUUUUUUUUUUUCCCGUCCGGACCGGGUGAAUUAAAACUUUUCCUUGUUGUUUCCAGGUGUUCGGUAAAACAGACCCUCCUGCGACCUUCAGGUCUCACUUUAAAGCAACCUUGGGUCGGGACUAUUUGAACCAAGUCGGAGGUCUUUUGCUCAGCUCGGGACUCGUUUUUUCCUCUUUUCUUUGAAUGCGUUGCAGCUCGGGAUGACGUCACCGACGCCACUUUGCCCCAAAGUUAUGGCGGAGCGCAACUUUUUACCUUCUCUCGACCGUUGUUAGCAUUUCCUUUCACUAAUGGAGCACCUUCAAGGAGCGUGGAGGACCCUGAGCAACGGUUUUGGGAUGAAGGACUCUGUUUUUGAGGGUCCCUGUCUUUCCCCCACCAUGGUCCAGGGCUUUCCCUGCCAGCGGCGCUCCUCAGACGACAGCAAGAUGCCGGACUCAAAGACUAGCACCACAAUCCGUGUCUACCUCCCCAACCAGCAGCGCACUGUGGUCAACGUACGGCCAGGGAUGACCCUCUACAGCUGUCUGAUUAAAGCCCUGAAGGUCCGAGGUCUGCAGCCUCAGUGCUGCGCCGUCUUCAAGCUGCACUCAGGACAGACCAGUAAAAAAUCACGGAUGGACUGGAACACCGACUCUACGUCUUUAAUUGGGGAAGAGCUGCUGGUGGAGGUUCUAGAUCACGUUCCGCUGACGACGCAUAAUUUUGUUCGGAAGACGUAUCUGAAGCUAGCCUUCUGCGAUAUUUGCCAGAAGUUUCUUUUAAACGGAUUCCGCUGCCAAACUUGUGGCUACAAGUUCCACGAACAUUGUAGCACCAAGGUGCCCACCAUGUGUGUGGACUGGAGCAAUAUUAGACAACUCCUGUUUUGUGCAACACCUGGCGAUGGCAGCGCCCCGUCGCUGCCCCCACCCACGUCCCGACGUAUGAGGGAAUCUUUAACGCGGUUCCCAAGCUCAGCCCACCGAAAUUCCAUCACUCAUGCCUUCAGCUACAACACGUCGUACCCACCCACGGGCGGUGGCCUCUCUCAGAGGCAGCGCUCCACCUCUACGCCCAACGUCCACAUGGUCAGCACCACUCUGCCCGUAGACAGCAGCAUGAUCGAGCUAGACUGCCUGAGUGCCUCUCCCAGCUCCUGGUGCCGUAGAUUCUGGCUGAAGAGGAAAGAUGCCAUGCGUGACCAUGACUCUGCGGGGAGUUCCCCCAGCCAGAGCCCCACAGGCUGGUCCCAGUCCAAAGCCCCACCACCUUCCCAACGAGAGCGACGUUUAUCCGUCCCCACUCAGGAGAAAAAUAAAAUAAGGCCUCGGGAAAAGCGGGACUCUAGUUAUUACUGGGAGAUCGAGGCCAGCGAGGUGGUUCUGCAUUCCCGCAUCGGUUCAGGCUCCUUUGGAACGGUGUACAAAGGGAAGUGGCACGGUGAUGUAGCAGUGAAGAUUUUAAAGGUCACUGACCCAACACCAGAGCAGUUCCAGGCAUUCAGAAACGAAGUGGCCGUCCUGAGGAAAACGCGACACGUCAACAUCCUCCUGUUCAUGGGCUACAUGACGCAGGACAACCUGGCCAUCGUGACUCAGUGGUGCGAGGGCAGCAGCCUGUACAAACACAUUCACGUCCUGGAGACGGACUUCAAGAUGAUCCAGCUCAUCGAUAUUGCCAGACAGACGGCUCAGGGCAUGGACUAUUUACACGCAAAAAACAUCAUUCAUCGUGACAUGAAGUCCAACAACAUCUUCUUGCAUGAAGGCCUAACGGUGAAAAUAGGGGACUUUGGUCUUGCCACGGUGAAGGCCAGGUGGAGUGGCUCUCAGCAGGUGGAGCAGCCCUCUGGAUCGAUUCUGUGGAUGGCUCCUGAGGUGAUCCGGAUGCAGGACAACAAUCCUUACAGCUUCCAGUCUGAUGUGUAUUCAUACGGAGUGGUUCUCUACGAGCUCAUGACGGGAGAGCUCCCGUACUCCCAGAUAGCGAACAGAGAUCAGAUUAUUUUCAUGGUGGGCAGGUGCUAUCUGUCCCCAGACCUCAGUAAGCUCUACAAGAGCUGUCCCAAAGCCAUGAAAAGGUUGGUGGCAGACUGCAUCAAGAAGUCCAAGGACGAACGGCCGCUCUUUCCGCAGAUCCUGUCGUCCAUCGAGCUUCUCCAGCACGCCCUUCCCAAGAUAAACCGCAGCGCCUCAGAACCGUCCCUGCACCGUGCCUCGCAGACCGAGGACAUCAACACGUGCACUCUGAUCUCCACCAGACUGCCUGUGUUUUAAAAACACUCGAGUAAAAAAACAAAAAAAAGCUCUGCCUCCUCACGUACAGCCUCCUCCUUUUCAACAAUACUCUACUUCCUCUGAACCGUCAGUAUACACAAAGUUCCUUCUGAAGUAUGUUGGUCCUCUCACACACACACACACACACACACACACACACACACACACACACACACACACACAUACACAGGAAGAUGACAGUCUGAAACAGACUGUGGAAGAACGAUAAUGGAUUGUAAUUAUGGGAUGGCAUCAGCUGUAAGGUACAUCACCCCGCCACGUUUUUCGACGACGCUUCACGUCGGCGUUAGUUCGGUUUAAGUUGUAAAUAUUUGCACGGUCGCCUACCUGAGACGAUGAAUGGACACUGAAGGACGCUCAGGGGACAGACUUGUCUCUUGUUUUGCAUUCUGUGACAUGAAGCACACUCUUAUAAAACCUUUUAUGGUUUCUGGCAACAACAAAACAAACAAACAAACAAAAAAGACUUUUAAAGCUUUCCUGCCUUAAGAGGAAACAAAGCCUCGACUAAAUUUCUGCACAACUUUCAGCUCCUCUGGUUCCCACAGGCUGGAUGUAGUUUGUGUUGCACAGAAGUAGAUUUUUGUCUUAAACGAUGUAGAUGUGGGAUUUAUUUUUUAUUUUUUUGUUAACGUCUUUCAGUUGUCUCUAUUUUAGGGGAUGUUUUUGAUGAUUUAUAACCUGUCCGACAGCAUCGUUUUCUCCAAACAGGUGGGCUGAGGUUUGUUAUCACGGCAGGUGUCUUAAAUAUUUAAAUAUGAUUUGGGAACUAAUUUGUGUUUUUAUUCACUGUGUCACAUUCAGGAGGUUAAAUGUUUUAUUGUGAACUUGGUGGGAAAGUUGUUUAUUGGAUAUUUUAAUAAAUUUAAGUUAAAAAGGUU